GUAAGAGCGCCUCUCACUGAAGCAUCGCUACUCACACCACCUCUCAACCUCGAUGUCCACCUCCUGCCGCAUCUCAAGCACAUUCAAGAUUGAGCCUGCCCUCCAUCCAGCUUCCGGCACCACCUCUGGCCAGCACGCUGUAUAGCUUUCACGUGUCAUCGAGGCGCGUGUCAUGGCGAAGAUAUAUAGAUCCAAGGAACCCGCUCACUAGAAGGCUCCCUCACACCUUCCGUGAUAGCAGUAGUCCUUGAUAGACAGCCUGUUGGCAGUAGUGAAGUCGCCCUGAUAAAGCGCCAGAGAGUGCAAACAUGAGCGCGUCCAGCGCUUCCUCGACCUCGGCGUUUGGCUCGACGUCCGGCUCAAGCGCCAGCGAGUCAAUUCGCCCCUCCAGCAGCAGUGAAGGUCGAAAGAGGAGCUCCUCCAAGUCUUACUCGCAAGAGGCUAGCAGUGCAGCAGCAAAUCCAUUCGCUACGAGCAGCAUCUCGCUCGGUGGACCUGUGGCAGAUGUGACAGAAUCGGACUCCUCAUCUGCCAGCUCCAGCUCUGGACGUCGGGCGCAGGCGGCAACAAGGAGGUGGAGAGACAGAUGGAUGGGCGUGCAUGAGAAGGAUGCCCAAAGCCCAUCGGAACAGUGUGGAGCGCUGGGUGGAAGCUUCUCGCACAGCCCGACCACGCAAAUUGAAAGCAGAGCGCAAGCAUUCGUGCUCCAAAGAACGUCUGCUGUGCCUCUCACAGCACACUCAGAUGAGUCGGGGCCGACAUUCGCCCCUGCAUUAGAGAGCGCCGGUAGCUCGAGCAGAGCGCGGUCUGGCCUCACACCUCUGACUCCCGCCGAGGCUGCAGAGCUCGAAAGGUUACACCUUCCGAACAGCUACUCUUCCCACCUACUCUCGACCUCAAAUUCCCGAGGACUUCAACCAUCAUCAGACCUCUCCUUGAGGCGACCAGAGCAUAGCUCGCUGCGAUCGUGGUUCGGCAGGCGAUCAGACAGGCAAGGAUCCAUUAUAGACGCUGCCAAGUCAAAUGCCGCGCUUCAAGAAGCCAAAGUGGUGAAUGGGACGCAAGAGCAAGAGGAGGAGAGCGCUGUAAGCUCGGCUUUCUUGAUCAGCUACUUCCUGGCUGGUGGUGCCGCUGGAGCCACGAGCAGGACUGUUGUUAGUCCGCUGGAGAGACUCAAGAUCAUCAUGCAAGUUCAGCCCCACCAAGCGGGGGGCUCGGCGAAAGGAGCGGGAAAGGGUGCCUACUCUGGCGUAUGGGUUGGACUCAAGAAGAUGUGGGUCGAGGAAGGCUUCAAAGGCUUUAUGCGAGGGAACGGCAUCAAUUGUCUUCGGAUUGCUCCGUAUUCUGCUGUUCAGUUCAGCACUUACGAAGUGCUAAAGAAUGCAAUGCGGGAUGCUGAGGGCGAAUUAGAUGUGCCAAAACGCUUGACAGCCGGUGCUCUUGCGGGUAUAGCUUCGGUCGUAUCCACGUAUCCUCUGGAUCUCGUGCGGUCUCGGAUCAGCAUUGCUUCCGCUUCACUGUACAGCGAGGCCAAGCAGGACGCAGCGGCCAGCAAGGCUGCUGGUGGCGCACAAUCCGUCGCGUCUACCGCUGCAGGGGGCGUUGCGAAGCAGGAGAAACCUUCAAAGCCUCUCAGCCGGGCAGAAUUACGCAAGCUGAUAGAAGCGAGGCAAAAGAGGGUGCCGGGCAUUUGGGGCAUGACUCGCAAAGUCUACGCCGAAGAGGGAGGUAUACGGGCUUUGUACAGAGGUUGCGUGCCCACGAGCGUUGGAGUCGCUCCGUAUGUAGCGAUCAACUUUUUCGCGUUCGAAUCUCUCAAGGCGUGGAAUUUUGGUCGACCGUCGGGUCCGUCGGACGAAGUGUCGACGUUGAGCAAUCUGAUUUGCGGAGCCUUGGCUGGAACCAUCAGCCAGACCCUGACCUAUCCGCUAGACGUGCUUAGGAGGAGAAUGCAGGUGGCAGGAAUGAAAGAUAGCAAGCUAGGCUACUCGGACAAGAACAGCUGGGCCGCAAUUCGCACCAUCCUUGUCAACGAUGGCUUCUUUGGGCUCUAUCGAGGUAUCAUACCUAAUCUACUCAAGGUGGCGCCUAGCAUAGCUACGAGCUUUGCGACAUAUCAAUGGGUCAAAGAGCUUGUCCAUCAUCAACUACACCCAGAUUCUCAUCCUCACCAUCAUUGAAGACUCGUAUGCAUCCUGAACGACUCGUCUAUCCACAGGACACGCAGCUAUAGACGCUUUGCUUAUUUUGAGGUGCUAUUCUCGCGAAUGGACGAGUCGUGCGCCAUCAAUCUACAGACAAUGAUUUAAAUGCAUACGCGCGUUUGAGGAAUAGCUCGAGGAAGAUACAAUACAGGAUAGGGCAAUGAAUGUAACGUGCAUUAGACACAUGAAAUGGAUCCGAGACGCGUCGGAAGAGGC